AAAGGCAAAUUACGGAAGAAUUCAAGGCAAUGGGAGGAAUAGGAAAUGAAUUAAAAGAAGAUUGUUAGCUUUGAACCUACUCCACAUGCAGUUCAAUUGGCAAGACGGACACAUCUGGAACUUUACGGCCUUGAAAAGGAAAAACGGGGGACCGGAUAGCUGUCAUAAUCAGACACAAUCUAAAAAAAGAUGCCACCCAGCACUAAUGGUCUGUCUAAACUGAGCACAGUGGACACGACAGAGGUCUACGAUGCCCAGGCGUGCCAGGAAACCUCUGAGUGUUUGAAUUGUUCACCCCAGAAUAAUUGUGAUAUUAAAGGUUUUCUCAAAAGAAAUAUUUUCAUUCUUCUCACGGUAGCUGCUAUUAUUAUAGGCACUGGCCUGGGCUUUGCUCUGCAAUCCAGCAACAUGACAGACAGAGACCGAAAAUACUUCACUUUUCCUGGAGAGCUGUUGAUACGAAUGCUACAGAUGUUUGUGCUUCCUCUCAUCACCUCCAGCGUGAUUACAGGCAUGUCAUCAGUGGAUAGAAAAGGUUAUGGGAAAAUAGGACUGCGGGCUCUCUGCUAUUAUGCAGUGACUUCCAUCAUGGCUAUCAUCACGGGCAUCACUCUAGUCAUUCUUAUUGAGCCUGGGAAAUCAUCCAAGAAAACAUCAGUGUCCCCUGGUGGUGAAGUGAAGACUGUACAGACUGUGGAUGCCUUUCUGGACCUGAUCAGAAACAUGUUUCCCUCCAAUGUGGUAGCCGCUUGUUUCAGACAGUAUAAAACAGUUUAUUCCAAAAGAACAAGAGUUGGUGUCAUCAAUCAGACUCAAACAGAUGACCUGAUAUCGAUGCCAGGCACAUCAGAUGGUACAAAUAUUUUGGGCUUACUGGUCGUCUGCAUUGCCUUUGGCCUAAUCCUGGGCAAUAUGGAGAAUGAGGCAAAACCUCUAAGGGACCUUUUUGGCUGCCUGAAUAAAGCCACCAUGCAUCUGGUCAGCAUAGUCAUCUGGUAUUCCCCAGUGGGAAUCCUCUUCUUGGUUGGAGGGCAGAUUUUGAAGCUGAGAGACAUUGGAACAAUAGGUCGCCAGCUUGCCAUGUAUACCAUCACCGUGAUCACUGGCCUUCUAAUCCACAGCUUCUUUACCUUGCCCUUGAUCUAUGUCCUGGUCACACGUAAGAAUCCCCUGAAGUUUAUGGCUGGUGUCCUCCAGGCUCUCACCACUGCCUUUGGGACUUCAUCCAGCUCUGUGACUCUACCCAUCACCCUCAGCUGUUUGGAGAACAAGCUCAACAUGGACAAGCAGGUGACACGCUUCGUCCUGCCUAUAGCAGCCACACUGACCAUGGACGGCACAGCACUAUAUGAGGCAGUAGCUUCCAUAUUUAUCGCCCAAGUUCAUAAUAUUCACCUUGAUCUGGUUGACAUCAUCAUCAUCAGUAUCACUGCCACAGUUGCUGCUAUUGGGGCGACAGGCAUCCCACAGGGCGGCAUGGUAUCCAUGGCAAUAGUGCUGGCAUCAGUUGGACUGCCCCUUGAUGGGAUUACGUUUAUUGUUGCAGUUGACUGGAUGCUAGAUCGUUUGAGGACCACCACCAACGUGUUGGGUGACUGUAUCGGUGUGGGUGUUGUGCACCAUCUCUCUAGAAAUGAGCUGCAGACCUCCAGGCCUACAGAAGAAUGCUUAGUGGAAGAAAACAGGAUGACGUCUUCCGACUGAGAGGCAGAAACACAGUGCACAGAUGGUUACUAUUCUUUAGUCACAGUAGAGUUUUAAGGAAAAAUACAUUAUGGUUCCUGUGCUGUCAUAUACUACUCUUCAUGUACAGUAAAAGCUGGGCUAUUUUUCAAGUUCUCCUGGAAUUAGGAAUUAUAGAUCAUGGAUUAUAGAGUCUUUGUCACUGAAAAGAGACAUUACUUGCUUGAGAACUUUAUAAAGGUAGUUAAUGUACUUUGAAUGAUUUAGCUGCCUUUCUCAUCAGAGAUGUUCCUAUUAUGGUGAGAAAUCCCGUAUUAUUUUAUUUGUAAUCAAU